AUGAGGCUGCUUCUGAUCAUUCUGCCAUCGCUUUUCUACGCUGCUACAAAGCCUCCUCUGAUCCACUCCCAGUGGGAUGGGCACAUGUGUCCCUUGGGGCAGUUUCCCUGCGGAAACCUCUCCGUCUGCCUGCCCCAGGCCCUGCACUGCAAUGGGGAGGAUGACUGCGGUAACGGAGCUGAUGAGGAGAACUGAGUGGAUGACAGCGGCUGGCUGCGGAUCUUGGGCAACGUGCUGGCUGCGAGGAGCAGCAGGAUGCCUGUGGAAGACGAGGGUGAUGCCUGCUGGCUGGAGCUCUUCCCAGAGUGGUGCUGGUGCUGGGGAAGGGCCGUAGACUGCACCGAGCAGGACCUCACCACUGUCCCCUGGGUCUCCUCCAACAUGACCAGGAUGGACCUGAAGAAAAAAAUCCAUUCUCUGCUGGGCAAUCAGUUUGCCAGGUACAGGAGUCUGAUGAAGCUGUUUUUGCAAAACAACAAGAUCUGGUUGAUCUCACCCAAAGCCUUUGCUGGACUUUCUCAGCUCAGAAUGUUCCUCAGCCACAACAGGAUCACGCAGCUGAAGCCCCGGGUUUUUGAGGACCUGCAUCGCCUUGAGUGGCUGAUGCUGGACAACAACAGGAUUGCCACAAUCAUCCCCACGACGUUUGCAGGGCUGAAGUUGCUGUAUUUCCUGUACAUGCUGAACAACUCUUUGACUCAGAUUCCCAACGCCUCCCUCUGCGUGGAGAUGCCGAAGCUCAGCUGGCUGGAGCUGGAAGGGAACAGGAUCCAGGCAGUGCACCGGGCUGUCUUCCAGGAGUGCCAUGACUUCACGGUGCUGAUCCUGCGCAGAAACAAGCUCAGGUGGAUCCAGGACGGGACGUUUUCCAGGCUGAACAGGCUGGUGGAGCUCGACCUGUCGUCCAACAGACUAGACCAGCUCCCCUCCUCUCUAUUUAAUGGCCUGGCUGAGCUCCAGCAGCUGAAUAUUUCCUACAACCCCCUGAGAGAGAUCUUCCCUGGCCAGUUUGAGAGCCUGCCCCAGCUACAGCCUCUGAGCUUGGAAGGGCUGGAGAUCCCCGACAUCCACAACCUGACCUUCCAGAAGCUGACCAACCUCUCCCACAUCUACUUCAAGAAGUUCCGGUACUGCAGCUACGUGCCCCACGUGCGCAGCUGCAAGCCCAACAGCGACGGCAUCUCCUCCUUCAAGAACCUCCUCGCCAACAUCAUCCUGCGCAUCUUCGUCUGGAUCAUCGCCUGCUUCAGCAACCUCUUUGUCAUCUGCAUGCGGUCCAUCAUUGUCACGGAGAACAGCCAGCACACCAUGGCCAUCAAGUCCCUGUGUUGCGCAGAUGGUCUGAUGGGCAUCUACCUCUUUGUCAUCGGAGCCUUCAACCUCAAGUUCGGCGAAUACAACAAGCACGCCCAGGGCUGGACGGGCAGCCUCCAGUGCCAGCUGGUGGGCAGCCUGGCCAUGCUGUCCUCCAAGGUGUCAGUCCUGCUGCUGACCUACAUGACCCUGGAGAAAUACUUCUCUGUUGUUUUCCCGUUCAGCCACCACAGAGUUGGCAAGAAGCAGCAGACCAUCUUGGUGCUAGCAGCCAUCUGGCUUCUGGGCUUCUCCCUCAGCAUCAUCCCCCUGUGGUGUAAGGAGACCUUUGGGAACUACUAUGGGAGGAACGGGGUGUGCUUCCCGCUGCAGUCUGACCUGGGCGAGCGGCCCAGUGCCCGGGGCUACUCCGCCACCAUCUACCUGGGCUUGAAUCUUGCAGCCUUCAUCACCAUCGUCUUUGCUUACUCUGGCAUGUUUUACUCCAUCCGCAUCACUGCGUCCAAGACAGUGGAGAGAGGCGUCUGCUCCCGGGAAGUCACCAUCGCAAAGCGGUUCUUCUUCAUCGUCUUCACUGAUGCUCUCUGCUGGAUACCCAUCUGCCUCCUCAAGCUGCUCUCCCUGCUGCAGGUGGAAAUACCAGGCACCAUCAUCUUUUGGGUGGUCAUCUUCAUCCUGCCCAUCAACAGCGCCCUGAAUCCCAUCCUCUACACCAUCACCACCGCCUCCUUGCAGGAGAAGGUGAAGGGCUGUUUGCAGAUGAAGCAGCUGGAGCUGCAUGAGUCCCGCAGGAGCUUUACGCCCGUGACACUACAGACCAGCAGCGCUUGA